AUUACAUUCAAAACUCACUCCCACCUUUUUAAUCCCAACUAAAAUCAAUAAUUUAGGCUUACAAUUAGUUUAAUAACUAAUGUUUAACCAAAUUAUCCACCCAAUAUGAACCUAUUUCCAGUCUCUCUCAUCCAAAUAGGUGAGCUACUAAUUAUUCUAUUUUUUAAAAGAUGAUUUUUCCGUUGAUCGGUUCAUGAUUUCAGAGUAUAUGUCAUUUUAUCAUGAAAAUUAGUUAAUUAGAGCAUGCUUUUCUCGCCUUUUCUUCGACUUACCCAUUGUUACUUCUUUUAAGUUCAUCAUCUUUGAGCCAUUUCUAUCAUUAGAAAAUAUUACCCACAAUGCAGUCUCCUUUCUUUUUGGGUGACUUUUGAUCUAGAUCAUGGUGAGGCCUCCGUGUUGUGAUAAGCUAAGUAUGAGGAAAGGCUCAUGGAACGAAGAAGAUGAUGCACAAAUGCUCGCGUUUGUAUCCAAACAACCAACAACUAAUUGGCAAGCAGGGGCUCCCAAGAAACCAGGUUUAAGAAGGUGUGGAAAGACUUGUAGGUUAAGGAAAACAAAUGUUGCAACGAAUGAUCAGAUUAGGCAUCAAAGCUUUACACAACAAGAAGAGGAGUUGAUCAUUAAGCUUCAUUCCGCCAUUGGUAGCAGAUGGCCUAUAAUAGCACAACAACUCCCAGGAAGAACAGAUAAUGAUGUGAAGAACUAUUGGAACACCAAACUAAAGAAGAAGCUAUCAGCAAUGGGGAUCGAUCCAGUCACUCAUAGGCCUUUCUCUCAAAUGCUUGCUGACUAUGGCAGCAUCAGUGGACUCACAAUAAACCAAACCAGAAUGGGUUCCCUCAAUCGAGACAACAACAACAACAAUAACACAUUCUUCAUCUCGAAUCAAGAAAACCAUGUAUUCCAACAAUCCCCAACAGAAUCAUUCUUCCCUAAUUUUAACAACAAUAACGUCAAAAUGGAACCACCGGAAGCAAUCAAAUCUGAUUCACUCGAUCUUCUAACUCAACUUCAAGCCAUCACACAUGUCAAAGACUCUUCAACUAACCAUGGAAUCGGAAUCUCUCUGACGCAAUUUCAUGUCUCGGUGGCGUCAUCAUCGUCGUCGUCUUCAAGUACCUGUUCGACUUUGAAUGAAAUGACGACCCCACAACAGACGUUUAACUGGCGCGACUUUCUGAUCGAGAACGGGCAAGAUGGAGACGAGAAAUUGAACUUAGAAGCCAUGGGAGGGGUUGAGGUGGUUAAGUGUAAUACACCAUUGUUGAUGAAUGGUGUUAAAGAAAGUAUAGAAGAAGGUUGUGAUGGAUCGUUUGUGGAGGCGAUGUUGGAUGGAUCGGAAAAUGAUAUGCUGUUGGACUUUCCGGGGCUUUUGGGUGAACCAUCUUAUUGA